AUGUCUGAAGUACAAGGAACAGUUGAGUUUUCUGUAGAGCUCCAUAAGUUUCACAAUGUGGACCUCUUUCACAGGGGGUAUUACCAGAUCCGAGUGACCUUGAAGGUGUCCUCAAGGAUCCCCCACAGACUGAGCGCCUCCGUCGUUGGGCAGACAGACGGCAGCAGCCUGCACUCGGCCUGCGCCCACGAGAGCACCAUGCACAGCCGGGUCUUCCAGAUCUUAUACAGGAACGAGGAGGUGCCCGUCGGCGACGCCGCCGUCUUCCGAGCUCACUUGCUCUUGGAUGGGGAACGGGUGGAAGAGGCACUGAGUGAAGUCGGUUUUCAACUCAAGGUGGACCUGCACUUUACGGACAGUGAACAACAACUGAGAGACGUGGCGGGGCCCCCCGUGAUCAGCAGCCGGACACUGGGCUUACACUUCCACCCCCGCAGAGGCCUGCACCACCAGGUGCCCAUCAUGUUCGACUAUUUCCACCUGUCAGUGAUCUCAGUGACCAUCCACGCGGCCCUGGUGGCCCUGCAGCAGCCCCUGAUCAGCUUCGCGCGCCCGGGAAGAGGCUCCUGGCUUGGCAAGGGCGCCCCCGACGCGGGCCCGGACCCGCCCAGCCUUUCCCUGGAGAACCUGGUCUUCGGAGCGGGAUACUGCAAGCCGGCCGCCUCGGAGGGGAACUUCUACGUGCCCUCCGAGAACUGCAUGCAGCGCGCUCACAAGUGGCACCGGGGGCUGUGCCUGCUACUCCUCCACGCCUACCAGGGACUGCGCGCCUACUUCCUGCUCAUCAUGAGGGACAUCCCAGAGCUGCCUCACGUGGAGCUGGAGUCCCUGGCUGUUGAAGAGACGCUGUCUCAGCUGUGCUCCGAGCUACAGAUGUUGAACAAUCCAGAGAAGAUAGCAGAGCAGAUAAGUAAGGACCUCGCCUGGCUCGCCUCCCACCUGAUGGCUCUGUGGACCCAGUUCCUGGACACGGUGACUCUCCACUCCCAAGUGACCACUUACCUCACGCAGGAGCAUCACACCUUGAGGGUUCGAAGGUUCUCCGAGGCUUUCUUCUACAUGGAGCACCAAAAACUCGCCGUCCUGACCUUUCAGGAGAACCUGAUACAGUCCCACAGCCAGCUGUCCCUGGACAUCCGGAACUCGGAGUACCUCAGCACCAUGCCCCCGCUGCCCGCCGAGUGCCUGGACAUCGACGGGGACGGGACCACCCUGCCAGUCAUCUUCGAGGACCGAUAUGUGGACUGCCCUGCGACAGGGCAUAAUUUGAGUGUUUACCCUAAUUUUGAUGUUCCAGCAACAAGUCCUGCAAAAAUGAGUCUAAAAGACAGAGAAGGGAACCAUAUUGUAAAUAGAAAAUCACCUUUUAGGGAAAACCUCACCUUGCCCACCCUGAAAGUACCCCCAGUGGACUCCAGUGAAGAGGAGAUUGCUUGUCCAGUGUCAUAUGAGGAUGCGGCUGCACCAAAUCACGCAGACGAGUGUUCUGAAUCUCAGGUGUAUCUGACGGUUGGUGAAUUCCGGGACAAAGCAGGUCUGCCUGAAGAUGAAUGUUGGGCUGGCCAAAGGCCUGCUGUCGGAGCACAUUCACCUGCAGAUGACGAUCUGCCCGGAGGGAGCCCAGGCCCGGAGGAGGGCCAGGGCCCAGCACCGGCCUACAUUGAUGUGAAGUCCAACAGCGAGCACCCGGCCAGAGCUGAACCCACAGUGGUCAUCAGCAAUCAGCAUGGGAGUGGGUGCCUUCGAGAUAAUUACGAAUUAGAUGGAACUCUGCUAAGCAGAGGGGUGGCAAGUGGGAGCCGUCAAAAUGCCACCUCUUCAGAGAAAGCAGGGCUGCACGAGUCAAGGACUCGAGGAAAAGGAGCUGACCAAGAGGGCAAGAUGCCACUGCUGAGUCUGAAGCUCUGCCCCCAGGAGUCUAGCGGUCCACUAAACUCUACAUUGAGGGAUCCCCUGGAUGUCAGAGCUUCCCCAAAGGACCCUCACACUGAAGAGCAAGAGGAAGUGUCAGUGCUGUCUGGGGUCAAGAGAUCUUCCUCUAUCAUCUCUGACUCCGGCAUUGAAAGUGAGCCGAGCUCCGUGGCCUGGUCCGAGGCCCGAAGCAAGGCCCUGGAGUUACCCAGUGACCGGGAAGCCUUGCACCAGCUCAUGCGAAGACACGCCCUGCACAGGAACUCCCUGGAGGGUGGACACAUGGAGAGCAACGUGAGUUUGCCGAGCGGGAUCCAGGCAUCACUCACCUCCAUUAGCUCUCUGCCUUUUGAGGAGGAGGAACGGGAGUUGGCACUCACCAAGUUGACCAAGUCAGUAUCUGCACCCCAAAUCAGUAGCCCAGAGGAGUCUGCUGAAGACACGGUCACCAUGCGGCACGGGGGAGGUCUUGCUGAAAUGUCAGCUGGGCACGUCAAGAGCACAGAAACCCCAGGACACUGCAGUCAACCCAGUAGUGCUGGUUCCAGAAUCCAGGACACCGGGGUCGACCGUUCCCUUGUGGAGGUGGUUCCAGAUGCUGACCAGCAGGGCCCUGGUUACAUAGACAUCCCCAAAGAUAAAGAGAUUCACUUUGAUCUUCCAGGAUCCCGUUGUCUUGACAGCAGGACUGAGAACCCUCCAGGAGUUGAAACCAAAGGUCUUAAUGUAAGAAUACCACAUAACCUCACACUGGAAAACCCUAGGAGCAGAGCCUUCCCUAGGGCACAGAUGGGGACCCCCAAUGGCACGCCUGAGGACUCGGAUGUGGGGAAGAGAGCUCUUUCCGACAGCAGCAGCUCAGACAUUGAGAGCCUCACUGACCACAAGGUGCCUGAAUUGAGCUGCACAUCAGCUGUGGAUGCCAUCAACCCAGAUCCAACAGGCGAGGGAAGCAGGUCCCCUUGCCUCUUUGAGGAAACGGCAUUUGGUAGAGAAGCUAACACCUCCCUGGAGGGAGGACAUCAGGCAGGCACUGUGUGCUCCGCCGUGACUCACUCCACUCACUCCCAAGUUCUGGCACAGCAAGAGCCCAGGGCAGGUGCCUCCAUCCCGGUGUCCCCCCUGACCCCGGCAGAGACCUUCUCUCUGGACAGCCUGAAGGCUGUGGAGGUCGUUAACUUAUCUGUGUCCUGCACUGCCACUUGUCUCCCAUUCUCGUCUGUGCCCAAGGAGACCCCCGCCAGGGCUGGAUUCUCUUCCAAACAGUCCCCCUUUCCUAUUACUCAUCAACCUUUGGGUUCCUUUGGGGUUGUGCCCACCCACGCCAGCACGUCAGAGGAAGAUGUCAGUGAGAGGAUGUUCAGUUUCUAUCAGGCCAAAGAAAAAUUUAAAAAAGAGCUGAAGAUUGAUGGAUUUCUGUACAGUGACUUAUCUGUACUAGCUUCUGAUAUACCAUAUCUCCCACCAGAGGAAGAGGAGGGGGACUUGGAGGACGGCAUUCACCUGGUAGUCUGUGUCCAUGGCCUGGAUGGGAACAGUGCAGACCUCCGGCUGGUAAAGACGUUCAUAGAACUGGGGCUCCCUGGAGGCAAACUGGACUUCCUCAUGUCUGAGAAGAAUCAGAUGGACACGUUUGCGGACUUUGACACCAUGACAGACCGGCUGUUGGAUGAGAUCAUCCAGCACAUCCAGCUGUACAACCUCUCCAUAUCGCGGAUCAGCUUCAUCGGCCAUUCUCUCGGCAACAUCAUCAUCCGAUCGGUCCUCACGAGGCCCCGGUUCCGGUAUUACCUCAACAAACUCCACACGUUCCUGUCACUGUCCGGGCCUCACCUGGGGACCCUGUACAAUAAUAGCACCCUGGUUAGUACAGGCUUGUGGCUCAUGCAGAAACUAAAGAAAUCCGGCUCCCUCCUGCAGCUGACCUUCAGGGAUAAUGCCGAUCUCCGCAAGUGUUUCCUCUACCAACUCAGCCAAAAGACAGGUCUGGAGCAUUUCAAAAAUGUCGUGCUGGUGGCUUCGCCCCAAGAUCGCUAUGUGCCAUUUCACUCAGCCAGGAUCGAAAUGUGCAAAACUGCCCUCAAGGACAGACACACAGGGCCCGUGUACGCGGAAAUGAUCGACAACCUGCUGCGGCCGCUGGUGGACGCCAAGGACUGCACCCUGGUCCGGCACAGCGUGUUCCACGCACUGCCCAACACUGCCAACGCCCUGAUCGGCCGCGCGGCCCACAUUGCCGUGCUGGACUCGGAGCUCUUCCUGGAGAAAUUCUUCUUGGUGGUGGGACUCAACUACUUCAAGUAG